AAAUCCUGCGUUAUUUUUCGUUUAACUUCAGUCUGGGCUUCAUGUUUUUCUUAAGGAGACGCCUUUUGGUCCCAUGAUGACAUCUUAGAUUUUUGGAGGCUUCCUUUAGUAUCCUGCUGGCUGCUUUCAGAGUAAACUUGGUUAGACUUUCAUUUUUGAAACAACCAUACAAAGGUAUUUGCCUAACUCUUCUAAAUGAACAUUGCUAUAGAUUUUUGUAUAUAUAUUUUUAUCUUCUACCAUCUUAACACAAAUGUAUUCUGACUGAACAAAUAUUUGCUGAUCAAACAAAGGUGUAGUUUCUUUGAAGCAGGGUAUAUUAGGGGAGGAGGAUUUUUUUUUCCACAAAACUUCCUCCUCAAAGUUGUGAAAGAAGCAAAACCUGAUGAUCCUCCUUCUUAUCAGUCAUCCUUUUCUUGUGUUUCUUCCUCAGUUUCUCCUUGGUUCACGUAAGCCAAGGCAUCUGAAACUCUGAGUCUGUAAUAUAUUUAUUUUACAAAGGUUUCCCUUUAUAAGCCUGUGAAAAAUGAAUACAAUCUGGAAAGCGGUAAUUGGUCUCAGCGCCCUAAUUGUGGCAGCGAACUGCCUGACCUGCCGUCACUGCUCUGUUGGCGUAUUUGGAAGCUGCUUGUUUGGGAGUAACACCACAUGCGUCAACUCAACAGAGAGCUGCUACACAGGAGAAGCACAAUUCAACGCCACGGGGUCGCUGACCCUGCACACCAGGGGCUGCGUGAACUCGAACCUGUGCGGGUUGACGCUGACUGGAUCCCUCCUGGGAGCCGCGUACACCAGCACUUACAAAUGCUGCGUCACAGACCUGUGCAAUGGAGCCACUUCCGUCCAACUGUCUGCGGCCCUCUGUGCUGCCAUCUUGUCCUCACUCUGGGGAUUCUGGGAGUUGUAGUCUAACAUGAAAUGCCUCUGUGCUCGCUAAUUUGCAUUUGUUGAUCGUCAGUUUUUCUUAUUUUAGAUGUAAUCCUUUGUUGUUUUAAGUAAUAAAGUUGUGCUGUGAUUUCACACUUAUCCUCUGUGAUUAUGUUGACCCUCUGAUAUGAUAAUUUAUUACUGUAAAAAUUAAUAAAAGCUGUGAAAUGAA